GUGAACGUAUCAUGGCGGCAUGUUGUGUUUACAAAUUCGCUGCAUGACUUCGUGACUGCUGCUAUCCAAGUCCAGUGUGCAUGAUACGUUAUUGUCAUUCGAAUACCCAAUUUGAGUAAAGAAGAGUUUCGACUUUGCCGAAGAGGCUGUGAAACCUAAUAGAGAAACCGCGAGACAGACCAAACAGUGUCCCGUGGGUGCUGUGAUGACCACACCCUCCCCCAGACUGAGACAUCUACAGUGCAGGAAGAAGCACCCACCACACAAACGUCUGACACAGGCAGACCACGAGGGAGCCAGGAUAUACAACUAAGCACUGUGACACCAGGGGAAAGAAGAUUUGAGAGGAAGCAUUGAAGGAUAGGACGAAAGAGUGAUCGAGAGAGCGAUGUCUGGUCCAGUAGAGAGGGGUGAAAGUGGGGGUGUGGCAGGCGUUGGGCGGGAGGCGGAAAGCGAGCCUCCUCAAUCAGCUCUACCUCUAUCCCAGGGUGAGAGCUUGGAACUGGGGGAGAAUAAAGAAGAAGAGGCCCCUCCAGCGGCUAAGCAGCCCAGGCUCAGUGGAGAGGGGUUGGGGCUGAGUCUCAGCCUGGACCCCCCUGAUACACAUGGAGGACCCAUAGAACAGGCAGGAGUGGGGCAGGAAGACUUGGCUGUACUGACCCAUAAUGGAGAGGCCACCCAGCCAGGUGAGAUGGAAGGAGGAGAAGAAGACGUGGGAGCCAAAGAAGUAGAAUGCCAUGAGAAUGGAGGUCCUCGUGAGGAUCAUGCCACGAGAGAGGGAGGAGAGGAGAAGGUGGAAGAGGGGGAACAGGAGAGCUCAGCUGAAACCCCCAGUGAAGGACAAAACCUGGGUCUCGAUUUCAGCCAGAACCCCCAGAUGCUGACUGGUUCCUGGGCUGAGUACUCCAGCCUCCCUGAGAACUACCUCAAGGGCUGCAAAUGGGCCCCAGACGGCUUGUGCAUCCUGACCAACAGUGCAGACAACGUGCUGCGUGUCUACAACCUCCCCCCUGAGAUCUACAGUUACAACUGGGACCUGCUCACUGAGAUGAGUCCAGUGCUGAAGAUGGCAGAAGGGGACACCAUCUAUGACUACUGCUGGUACCCCAAGAUGAGCUCCCUGGAUCCUGACUCCUGCUUUAUAGCCAGCAGCAGUCGUGAUAACCCGGUCCAUAUCUGGGAUGCGUUCUACGGGGACCUGCGUGCCAGCUUCAGACCCUACAACCAUCUGGAUGAGCUGACUGCAGCCCACUCCCUCUGCUUCUCCCCAGACGGGUCACAGCUCUACUGCGGCUUCGACAAGACAGUCAGGGUGUUCUACACAGACAGGCCUGGACGGGACUGCGAGGAAAGGCCCACUUUAGUGAAGAAGCAGGGUCAGGGUCAGAGUGGAAUCAUCUCCUGCAUGGCGUUCAGCCCGUGCCAGUCUGUGUACGCCUGUGGCUCGUACUCCCGCACCGCAGGCCUCUACUCCUGCCAGGACGGCUCUCUGCUGGCCCUGCUGCCACCCAGGCACCACGGGGGCAUCACACACCUCACCUUCUCACCUGACGGACACUACCUGUACACUGGGGGUCGCAAGGACCCAGAGAUUCUGUGCUGGGACCUGAGGGACCCGGGAAAGAUUCUGUUCUCUCUGAAAAGGAAUGUGGCCACCAACCAGCGGAUCUACUUUGACCUGGACCCGUCUGGCCGGUACUUGUUGAGUGGUGAUACAGAGGGGGUGGUGUCAGUGUGGGACACCCUCACAGCUCCCCCCGAUGGUAACCAGGAGCUACUGCAGCCUCACCUCCACUUCCAGGCCCAUAGGGACUGCACCAAUGGCAUCAGUGUCCACCCCUUUAUGCCGUUGCUGGUGACGUCCAGCGGGCAGCGCCAGUUCCUCUCUCCAGGGGACAGUAGUGAUGGAGACUCCUCCGACUCGGGCUCUGAGGGUGAUGUCGUGAUGUUAUCACCUGCCCCAGAGGUCAGACAGGACAACGCUCUGACUGUGUGGUGGGCUGGACCACUUAGCCCAGCCAACGAGGGGGCGCAGGAGGAAUCACCACCAGUGGUGGUGAUUGAUUGAUUUUGGAGUAGCCCAACUCAAACCCCCCUCCUCUGGACUGAACCAAAUGUCAAACUGCCAAUAUGAGAAAGUUUAGUAUAAUAUUGGGAGGACUUAUUCUGCUAAGAGUAUGAAAAUCAAUGUAUUGAGUUGAGUCCCUUGGAUUCAGCGUAUGACAGUUUCGAAGCCAAGGUACAAACUAUUGUGAAUGCUAACAUGCUAUUACAAAUGAAUGGUAACAUGCUACUAUGCUAGCAGGGAGCUUCCCUAUUCCAAACGACAUGUAAUUGUAAAACCUCUCAGGUUCAGAUGACCACCACAGCCAGACCAGGCCCUGUGUGUUGGAGGAGCACAGUGUACAUUGUAUUGUGUUGAAUGUACAUCAAUCUACCUUCCAGUCAUAUGUUGCUCUAGGGGAGUGUUCUGUUUACCUCAUGUUAGUGCAUAUAGCUCGGUCCCAGAGCAGUUGGUGUUGUCUUGCCAACUCCUUAUGGUCACUGUCAUACCAAACAAUAACAGAUUUGGGAUCAGGCUAUAUAUAGUCUGUAGUGCUGCCCAGAAUAACCUAAUAUCGCUAGUUUAUUAAGUGCCAUUCAGAAUCAUAAGUAAGCUUUGAUUUGUAAAUCUUUUUUUAUUGUUGUAAGUGCCAAGCUGGUGCCAUGGCAUCGCUAUACAUGCGUCAGUAAAUGUAUAUUUUUAUAAAGCCAUGAUGAAUAUUGUAGUUUCUGAAUGUAUUAAAAUCGUUAAGCAGUUAGCAUACUUGCUGUAACCACAAACAAACUGAUACUGCAAACGUAUUUUUAUAGUGACCGAGAUGACAGACCAACACAAACGUCGGUCUGUCAUUUAUCUAUUCCUUUCCCAGCGAUUCAACGUGACACCUAGCAAGUGAUCCACUGCGCACAGCCGAUGUUCGUGUAGUCUUAGUCCUACACUAUGAGUUCUUGUGGGGGGUGUGGAUAAAAUUAUCAACAAUAUUUGUAUAGGGAGAACGGUUGUUUUGUUGCACAAGUGAUAAUGUUUGUAGAAGUAACCUACUAAAUGCUUUUUUUGCAAGUUCUCCAUUA